AUGCCAAAUCAGCAAAAACCUAAGAUCAUCAGACAUAUUGCCUUAAUGUGUAUAGGUCAAACACGUUUAGUUGUCAAAUGUGUACGAAAAAAUAUCGUUACAUUAAUGUGUACAAACCCUAUACUACGUUACCUUUCUAUGUCAUUAACCCAUUUGGAAACCAAUUUUGGGAUUUUGGAGAAAUGAAAAGGGAAAGAGAUUUUGGGGACUAACUUUGUAAAUUACUCCAUCCAAAUCUUUAUUUCAAAUUCAGAACUUCCCUCUCCGAUUCCCCUAUUAUUCGUCUCGUGUUACGACUCUUUCGUAAAUGGCUUCCGAAUCUAUGAAAAGAGAUUGGUCUCUUAAAGAUUUCGAGAUCGGGAAACCCCUUGGUAAGGGCAAAUUCGGCCGAGUCUACCUCGCCCGUGAAGUCAAGAGCAAGUACAUAGUCGCCCUGAAAGUGAUAUUUAAAGAACAGAUUGAAAAGUACAAACUCCAACACCAGCUCAAAAGAGAGAUGGCGAUCCAAAAUAGCCUUCGUCAUCCCAAUGUUCUCAGACUUUACGGGUGGUUUCACGAUUCAGAAAGAAUCUUCCUAAUUUUGGAGUACGCUCAUGGAGGUGAGCUCUAUGGAGAGCUUCGUAAAUCUGGUCAUUUGUCCGAGAAGCAAGCUGCCACUUACAUUGCUAGCCUUACACGGGCAUUAGCUUAUUGUCAUGAAAAGCAUGUAAUCCAUCGAGAUAUAAAGCCUGAGAAUUUGUUGCUAGAUCAUGAGGGAAGACUGAAGAUAGCAGACUUUGGGUGGUCUGUUAGGUCAAAAGACAAGAGACACACAAUGUGUGGAACAUUAGAUUAUCUGGCACCAGAAAUGGUGGAACAAAAAGCUCAUGAUUAUGCAGUUGAUAAUUGGACAUUAGGCAUUCUGUGUUAUGAGUUUCUUUAUGGUGUCCCUCCUUUUGAGGCAGAUAGCCAAGCAGAUACCUUUAGAAGGAUUAUGAAGAUUGAUCUCACCUUCCCUUCAAGCCCUCAAGUAUCUAAGGAAGCUAAACAUCUCAUCACUCGACUUUUGGUGAAGGAUUCGGAUAAAAGGCUUCCACUUGAGAAGAUCUUGGAGCAUCCUUGGAUUAUUGUGAAUGAUGAUCCUGAUGGUACUUGCUCUUAAUACAAAUUGUAGUUUUAAAAUAAGAAUUAAGAUUUAAGACAAACAGUUUUUAUUGGUAGCCAAUAGCAGCUUCUUCUUUUGGUAUCAUUAAGUUGAUUUGAAGCUGUAUGUGAAGGGUGUUUAUGUUGUUAGGCCUCAAAGAAAUUUGUAUAAGUGUUAGGAAAAUGAUUAAAGGAUGUUCAAUCUUUUGUUGCCUCCUUUUGUGUCGAUCGGUUGGUUUGUGAUUUUUGUAAAAUGAUAUUUUUGUUAUUAAAAACAUUUGACCCUGAUCCAAAAAAAUAUCCAAAUACUAACAUGUGUUGGCUUUUUUUUUUAAACAUACAUGGAGCUAUUUCAUGUUUGUGUCUAGAUGAAGAAAUGGAAGUAGAGCCCUAUCAAGACAAAAAAAAGAACACAGUUGCUAUUUUUUGUGUAUAACCAGUUUAGGCUAAAUGAAAGAAACAAAUUUAAACUGCCCAAUACCUCUAAACCAUGCUUGAAAUUAUAUCAUAGCAGUGAAAUUGCUUUGUAUUUAGAUGAUAUUGUUGGACACACAGUAAGUAUGAAAAAAAUGAGACAUAGAUUGUAAAG